AUGGCGGUCCAUCUCACCCCGCUGAAGCGCAGUCAGUUGCUCGACUUGGGGAGGCUGUUGGAGUCGGUGCUGCGUUCCUCCUGCUCCUCCCCGCUAGGUUCCUCACUUGGGGUGCUGAGUGGCGAUAAUAGCGCCGUCUCCAACGCGCAUGCUGGCGUGUCUGGGCACCCGUUUGCUUGUGGAGCGUUUUGUGACGUCUUCGAGGACCCCUCGACACGGCACGCCUGGCGUCUCUACGACAAAAUGCUCUAUCUUGUGUGGUGGUCGUACCGCCCGCCGUGUUGCACCGAGUGUGGAAUGCGAGACGCGUGGGUGCCUUCCGCAGACAGUGAGAUGAAGUGCUGGCACUGCGGAAGUGGGGCGGGAACGAGUUUCGUGAAGGACAUCGUGGAAGAUAUCCCGGCGUUGGAAAACGAGGACGGGGACGAGGAUGGCGAUAGUGACGGGGGUGAUGUGGCCGGCGAGGACGGUGCCAUGGCCACGGGCGGUGGUGCCGGUGGCGGAGGCCCUGUUGCAUCUUACAUGUUUUUUUACGAAUGGCUUUCCCGCAUGCAGUUGAUGGAGCGCGGGAGGGAAGUGGUGCUCCCCACCGGAGAAAACCUCGCCGCUGUACUGCGUGCCGCAUACGACUUGGCGUUGCUAUUUGUUGUGCCGGGGCUACCGAGUACCGGUGCCGCCGUGUUGCAGGGCGGGGCGUUGUACCUGAGCCUCGUGCUUCAUCGUUUUCCUGCACCGUUUCCGCUGUUUCGUUUAGCAGGCCGCGGCAACGUGGCAAACCAGCCCCAGGGUGGCCCUGCCGCCACGACGCUUUUGGAGUUGGCUGGGGAAGAGCAGCGGGGUGAGUUGCAGUGGGUCGACGUGGAGCUGCUCGGUGCGCUCAUCGGGGUCUCACUGUCUGACUUUUUUGAAUCCUCGCAGGUGGCUGUGCAGUACUUGCAGAAUGUCAUGACUGUAGCGGCGGCCUUUGCGGUGCCAAGUGUGCUGUGGCACCCGCAGCGUGUGGAAAGCAGAGCCGAGUACAUGAUGGCGCUGCGAGACAAACGGUCGUGUGCCACCCCGCUUCACUCUACGGCGGUGUCGAGCGGCCUUUCACCGGAGCACACAGCGAUGAUUGUCGCGUUGGAGCUUGCACGUGCGUUUGAUACCGAGCCGUGUAGUUCCGUUGAACACUGCGAACGCAUCGGGGCAUGGCUGGAUCGCCACGGCUUGUACCCACAGCGCCAGGCCUACCAAACCCGGAGCCGUUCCAAGCAGGAUAAUAGUAAUGAUAAUAAUAAUAAUAAUAGCCACGCCCCGCAGCAUUGUCACAGUGCCCAGCCGUCGCUGGUGAAUGGAGGGGCGUCCGACAAGCCGCAUGCAACGCGCGCAGUGGCCGCCACCGAGGACACGGCGUGGUGGGUGUCACCGAUCACCACCGAUGUCUCCCCGUUCGCUGGGAGUAUGCAGGUGGUCUUAUUGUCGCCGUGCGCAAAUGCUCUGCUUUACGUGUUUGCGCGUGCCUUUUCCAUGUCGGCACUGGAGUUGGCAGAUAUGGCGGUGAGCAGUGGACUGUACCACGGGCCCACACGUUUCUUUGACACCCUGCGGCAGGCGGCACAGUCAGGGAACUAUACAGUUAUGCCGCUCUUCCGGCGACUCUCGCCCGUCACUUCUGUCUGGACGAGCGCCUACUUCGCACUGCAUUCUGAGGAUCGACUCCCGCUUUUGGCGGCUCUGCAACACAUACGCGCCGCCACAACGCGUGAGAAGGAGCUGCCUGUGGCACGUGUGGUGCAGCGCAUUCUACGCAAGCAUCAGGCGUCGCGGCAGUAUCAGUUUAACUACUCCAUACGUGUCACGGACGAUUCCGAGAAGCAGCCGUUUAAAGGAGUGUAUUUUCUUAGUUUUUUGACGGAGCGCUUUGCCGUCUACACCGGUGUCCGCUCGGCGCGGAAGACGGUGACCUUCGACGCGGCAACGGGAAAAAUCACCCUCUGCGUCAUUGGUGCGAAGGAGCAGCAAGUGGAGUCGCUUCACGUGGAGUUCAACGGCCCCAUCAUAGCCCACAUCGAGACGGAGAGUGCGAAGUGUGUCAUUGACUGCGUGCGUCAGUCGCUCAGUGCGGAGAGCUGGCAGGUGACGGUGCGUCAUUUGGACCGUUGCGGUCGGGUGCGGCGGCGCAUGCGGGUUCCGAUGCUUGCCUCACGUCUUGAUGCGUUGGCUUCGGUGCGGGAGGCGACCGCGAUGGCGUCCCACCCGAUUGCGAGCAACACCACGCUGCUGGGGUGGGGCGAGACGGAGGUCCUCUUCACAUCUUUGCCGUACGCCAACAACGUCGCGUAUGCCGUGGGACUUCGGCGGGAGUUGCAGCUAAAUCUCCUUUCGCUCCCGAAGCCGUCACUUGUGUUUGGGAUUUCGGAGAACCGCGUGAUCGCCAUGUACGCCUCUCUUGUGGCUCUGCUAGAGGGCAUUGAGCAGCGGCUUUCCCAGCCCUCAUCCGCUGGGGCCACCACGACAUGGGUAGAUGUUUUGCUGAGCGAAGAGGAGGAGUGGGAGUUGGAGGCGGUCCAUGCAGGCGGCAGACUUCGGCCCAGGGACCCGCCGCUCUCGCACGCUAAUAUCAGCAAUGCGGCCCCGGAGAGUUUCCUGCUCCCCCCUGCCUCCACAGCGGUGGUGGAACAGCAGCAGCAACAACAACAAAAUGGGACUUCGAAGCAAAUAUCAUCGCGCAGUCGAGAGAUGCGGUCAGUUCCGACUUACCAGGAGGUCUUGUUGGGGCUCACUCGACCCCAGCGGGGCGGCGGCGGCCGUGUGGUUCCAGGCUGCCGUGUGCGUCCGACGCCACACCGUGAACGACAGCAGCGCCGUGUAAUUCAGCAGCCGCAACAGUCCCAACGAUUCCGCGGGGAUGCGGGCGAUGGCGUGUGCCACGGCACCGCAGCAGCGUCCACGAGUCGGGGUUGCUCCUCUUUUAAUCUGUUCAGUGCUGAGGAGUGUCGAAGGCGGCUCUACCGCCUGCUUGAAUUUAUCGCAGUGUAUGUGGCGCAGCGGCAAAAGUGUGAGGGGUCCAACGCCGUCGUUCACACUGAAGCAGCAACAGGGAUGGGCAGUGGGGAAGCGAGUGUGACAGCCCGUCCCGUUGAUGCCGUGGCGGGCGUGAGAAGGGAGCCGGCGUCGCCGCGGCCGAGUCACACUCCGCAGCAGCCGUCGACGCCGCGUGAGAAACCAAUGUCGAGGCACAACACAUCACCCUCUCUAAAUGGCACUACCCCUUCGCUGAAGCCAAAACCGCCGCUGCACCAUGGUCCGCCUUCUGCCGCAAAGCCGCUUUCCUCGUCGCCCUUAGUGGAGGCCUCGCAGCCGCACCGUCAUCAACGUCGUCAGCGCCGCUCACGCUCCGAGGCUGGAGAGGGCAGCGAGGAUACGGACCAGGACGGACGCAGCCCGCUCGCCUCUGCUGCUGUGCAAGGCAGCGGCACCAUCGACAGAGCCCUGUGCCCGCGAAAGCGCAGUCGUCCACGCAACGAGGAGACGGGGCUGCAGCCACCGCCACCACCACGCUCCACCUCGCCAUCGGCAUCAUCUUCCCACUCGGGCCUUGACGGCUCCUCCUCGCGGACGGAGGGCAGUUCGGACCGACGGCCACAACCACGACGACGACGACGACGUCAACGAUACAUGUAG